ACCAUCUUCCCUUCCAUGGCUCGCUCCACUAUUUAAGAUGUUCACGAUCCCCCUCAUUCCUGUCCAUUCAUUCUCAACUAUCCUUCUCUAUCUUUUACAUUAGGCUCACUUGUCUCUAACUCUGAUCGUGUCUUUUCUCAACCUUCACUCUCUCAGUCUUCUAUCCUUUGAUAUCUCUCAACUCCAUCUCCUUAACCUUCCUCAUUAUCCAAAAUGUCCGUCUCCAUUGAGACCACCGAGAUCCCUACUCCCGCUGCCCUCCCCAUCCAGACCCCGAGCCUUGGCUCCAAGUCAAGGAUGCCCGAGUUCAGCUUGGCUGGAAAGGUCGUCUUGGUCUCGGGUGCCGGCCGUGGCCUGGGUCUCGUCCAAGCUGAAGCUUUGCUGGAAGCCGGCGCCGUUGUGUACGCACUAGACCGUCUGGAGGAUCCUUCUCCCGAGUUUUCCAAAGUGCAAGAGCGCGCGGUCGAGGAGUUGAAUACCCGGUUCUACUACCGCCGCAUUGACGUCCGCGACGCAGAGCUGCUCAAUAGCACCGUCGAAGCCAUCGCCGACGCUGAGGGCCGCAUGGAUGGCCUAGUCGCCGCCGCUGGCAUUCAGCAGGAGACCUCCGCGCUCGAAUACACUGCCAAGGACUCCAACACCAUGUUCGAGGUCAACGUGACCGGGGUGCUCAUGACCGCGCAAGCAGUCGCCAAGCAGAUGAUCCGUUUUGGCAACGGCGGGAGCAUGGCCCUGAUUGCUAGCAUGAGCGGCACUGUUGCCAACAAGGGACUCAUCUGCCCCGCAUACAACGCCAGCAAAGCCGCCGUCCUCCAACUGAGCCGCAACCUCGCCAUGGAGUGGGGCCAGUACAACAUCCGCGUCAACACCAUCUCCCCGGGCUACAUCGUGACUGCCAUGGUCGAGAACCUAUUCGUCAAGUUCCCCGAGCGCCGCGACGAGUGGCCCAAGCAGAACAUGCUUGGUCGACUGUCCGCCCCCGAGGAGUACCGCGGCGCAGCGGUCUUCCUCAUCAGUGACGCCAGCUCCUUCAUGACUGGCAGUGAUCUCCGCAUGGACGGAGGUCACGCAGCCUGGUAGAGACUUUCUCUUCCAUCGUGACUUUCUUCUCUUUUCUCUAUCAUGAUUUGCUCCCUUCUUGAAGUAUCGGCUUUCAACGGCUAUCACCACCGUUUAUUUCUUCUCAGCGAUGAGUUGUCUAUUGCAUGGCGUUUUGUGGCGGACGAGCGAGCGAGCGUUUACGGAUUAACGGAUGACCCUAGCCAAUCAUGUAUACACAUCAUUGGCACAGCGUUACCAACCCCAUUGUCUUUUAUUUUACCUGAUUUAUCCACAUUUCUUCAGCGUCACGGGAGUCACAGGCUGGGUUACGUUAUUGGCGGGACACUACUAACUAGACUUGGCACAUACGAUUCUGUGAUUCUUUACAUUAGUUACUACAUAGGUACUUAUUUUUCUAAUGCAUGCAUAUAGU